UUCAUCCAUUCAUCUGGUUAAGUCCGCUGCACCACGUUGCCUGCCCUGCCUGGACCAGCUCAGUCUGGGAUAGCACACACACCAUGAGCGGUCCAUUUUGUGAACGGUGCGCUUUGUCUACGCUUGAGCCAACGGUGACAGGGAGGCAGCAUCCGCCGCUCGGACAGCCGUGACUCAUUGCGCACGGUCAGUCCGCCAGGGCGCUCGGUUGUGGAGGAUCGAUACCUCUAAGACCCAUAUUCUGGUGGAAGGCGUGGCUUGGUGUCACCGACACAGGGUUGAUUUUUCCAUAUUCAUUUCUGGGGGUUUAGCCUCGUCUCACUGACACAGACGCGCAAACGGGCACCCGGGACAAAAAAAAAAAAUCAAGAAUGACUCGCUAAAGGGAACUGAAGUGGAUGCUGAAUGUGAACCAAAGGACCAGUGAAGUCUAGCAAUAACGUUACCAUUUGUCACAUAACACAGUGGUGAACAGUCAAUUAAACUGAGUCAAUACCAAGCUGAGACCAGGACUACAGUUCCCUCUGUGAGCAACAACACAGGGUCUUCAUCAGUCGACUCAUUAUUGGUUCCCUUUCUGUGCUGUUACUCUCGUUUUUCUUCAUAUUCACAGUGGCUUCAGCGGAGGACACUGCAAAAACUGACUGACACUGUGCAUCUUGUGAAACAGUGAAUCCGACAUGGGAACUAACCCAAAACGGACAGUGACAGUCCAGAUGGUGCCUCAGCUGGCUGUGGUGGACACACUGGGCAAUAAGGAGCCUAACGCUAACUGGGCUAAAGAGCCCAACCUCAAACUCUCUCAGGUGUGUCCAAAACCUAACCUUUCAUCUCCUGACAAGCAGGAUAUCGUAUCUGUGCCGACUGCCCCCGCUAACACCACGCCACAUACCCAAAAAACUGCUUCCAGUGGAGGUGAACCCGUUAGCAGCACCGUGUCAGACAAACCAGGACCAGGAAAUGGAAACCAGACAAAAUCUGAGCAUGUGACAGUCGGAGACAAGCAUUUGCCAUGUGUGUCUCCAACAGGCCAUGGUGUGAGUAAGGCGGGAGGCGUCCAUAAGGACUCUAAUGCUAACGUGGAAGUGCUAAGCCUGACAAAUGAAAAGGAUGUGUGUAAGGAUGGUUCGCCGACGGCCGCGCAGGUCGACAUUCACAGGAGUGACUGCAGAAUAAAAGGGCCGAGUGCUCCAGAGGAGGAUUCAAAGGCCAAAGUGGAGAGUAAAGAAAAUAUUUCUACAAACGACAAAAAUCUCAACAGGAUCAGCGAAUUAAGGAAUACAGCAUCAGAACUUAAGCAAGAUAACAACGGUAGUAUUGUGUCUCCCAAAAACAAGGAUAUUACUGUACCUCAAAAUAAUAAAGAGCCUGAUCAUGUACAAAGCUGCUCACCGAGCUCUGCAGCACCAACACCCACACAAAGCAUGGAAACGUCAACUCCUCGUAGCCCCACUAAACCAACAUCAAAAAGUAAAGAAACAGAGUCUAUAAAUGAGAAUUUGUGUUUAAAACAACCAGAGAGGGUAUCACCAGUAAAGAAACAAGAAGUCUCCUCAGAUAAACAUCAGCCAGUGUCUUCACAGAUGGAUUCCUCCACUCUGCCCCAGGCUAUACAAAACGUGCCAGCGUCCAGGCAGGUGGCUGAGGACACCAGCCAGACUCACACAGCUGUCUUUGAAGGGCAGCAGUGCUGCAAGCUCUACAGGGAGGCCUCGACUAUGACCUCAUCUCCAUCACCAGUCAAGCAGUGUCAUGAUAUGGAGGUUCAGGCGGUGGCUAACAUGUGCAAUAAGGCGGUGGCCACAAGUCCAAGUCUGCUGCCCUUCGCUGUGACUCGUAGGCCGAGUGGUGGUGCAGCCUCCAGGGAGGAGGCGCAGAGCCUGGCUGUAGUGUACCAGGUUAAUGACGGAGUGAGUCUCCAUCCGAUGAACAUCACCUCUCUGUCUGCCUCCACGGAUCCGAUGGCAGAGAGACUCACGGUCGAGGCAGAGAUGUGCCCUAAUCAAAAUCCUGGCGUGCUUUUUCACUCAGAGACUUUGUCCCAGCAGCACGACUCCAGGCUAGGAGCCAGGGCGAAGGAGCCAGGAUCAGCUCUGUGCAACAUCCAGCCAGUUUAUCAAAUCAACAUUGAACACAGCAAUCACAAGAAGCAAGGCGAGGCAGGUGACUCCCAACAUAAAGCCAGAGUUCAGACUUCCGCUGCAAAAACCGCCCCUGCUGAAGCUCCUUCUCUCAAAUCAGGGACACCCCUAGAGACAGCUGGAGCUUCCAAGUCUGCUGACAGUAACAAAGCUGCGCUGUCUCAUGCUGCUUUUACAGCCAAGGCUGAACAGGCCCUGCCAACACCAAGAACAACAACAACAACCAUAUCCAAGACAGGCCUAGCCGAAAAUAAAGAUGCAAGUUCAAAACAAAGGAGUAAAGAAGCUGGAGGUAAAGUGCUGACAAAGGAGACAAAUUCUGGCAAACAGAAGUCGGAACCGGAGACAAACGACGACGAGGACGACGAGCUGGGGAAGCAGAAGGACAAGUGCAUCCACGACGUCGUCUGGGACGAACAAGGGAUGACCUGGGAGGUCUACGGGGCUUCUGUGGACCCAGAGUCUCUUGGUUUUGCCAUUCAGAGCCACCUGCAGUGCAAAAUCAAGGAGCAGGAGAGGAAACUGAUCGCCCAGACGUCUUUCCGAAAGUCGAUCUCUGGUGCCGGUUCGCCGCGACACGGCAAAAAGAACAAAAGGAGGCAGCAGAACAUUUUCAGGUCAAUGCUGCAAAAUGUCAGGCGGCCCAACUGCUGCGUACGUCCCCCUCCCACCUCCGUCCUCGAGUAGCACAGCACAGAGGUUCUCCCCUUUUUUUCCCCCUAGAGGUCAAAAUGUUUGUCCUCCCCUCGUCAAGAAUGCGAUGCCAAGUGAAACAUUUAUGGGACAACGAUCCCUGUGAGUAUACUGGAAUGUUGUAGCAUAAAGAGUCAAAUUAUUUGUGAUGUCUGUGAUCGAAGAAAAAAAAAAUGGUAGGAAAUAGAAACCUAAAAAUGAACAAUUCAAGAGUUAUUUUCUAGAAAUAGAUAUUAUGAAGAGAGAGAAAGCUGUUUUUAAAUAACGAAGGCAAUAAUAGUGAAAUGCAUGUAUCUUAGUUGCAUUGACAGGCGUGUGACGCGAAACGAGUACCAGACCUUCACGGUAGGAGGCUCUGAUCGUGAGGUGGACAUCUUACUCAUACUGUCAGACAUAUCUGUGCAAAUCUAUUAAACCAACAUCUCAUUACAUUUGGUGCAUUUGCUAUAUGUUGUUGAGGAGUUUUGAGGCCGUAUAUUUAUAAGCUGUAUUUUCUUUUGAUGCACAUUUAUUUCCAGUGAGUGGUUAAAAAAAAGGGCCUGUAUGCAUACGUAAAUGAGCUGUCUAAUCUCUGUUCUUUAGUUUUCUAUUAAAAUUACAACACAAAAA